ACAAUAUACAUACACACACAUAUACAUACACAUAUACAUACAUACAUAUAUAUAUUAGUGUGUCAGAAAUUGGUUCUUUCUUCAUACAUAGGUUAUGUUCUUAUCUUAGCAGACAAGCACUUCAAGAAUCAUCAACUUCUUUUUUUUAACUAUAAAACCACCCCACAAAUUUUAUUUCAUUUUUUUCAUAUAAUGAAUAAAGAGUACUCCAUCUUGAGAAUGAAGAAUCCUAUAGUAGCUAAGCCCGCCACGUGGCUUUCGUCGCCGGCGAGAGGCGGCUUCGAGGCGGCUCCGGCGGCUGAAGGGCUGGAGGUCCGGCCUGGAGGAAUGUUGGUUCAGAAGAGAAGUUCGGAUUCGAAUCAGAAUUAUAAUCCGGUUCCGAAUAUUAAAGUCAAAGUUAAAUAUGGUUCUGUUUAUCAUGAAAUUCUCAUUGCUUCUCAAUCCAAUUUUGGGGAAAUGAAGAAAAUGCUAGCUGGAUUAACAGGAUUGCACACACAAGAUCAGAAGCUGAUUUACAAGGAAAAAGAGAGAGAUUCGAAGGCAUUUCUUGAUAAUUGUGGGGUGAAAAACGGAUCGAAGAUCGUGUUGAUCGAAGAUGAAUUGAGCAAAGAGAGACGAAUCCUCGAAUCGCGAAAGAAUUCGAAAAUGGACAAGGCGUCGAAAGAAAUCGCAGCCAUUAAAUUCGAAGUCGACAAGCUUGCCAAACAGGUGGCAAGAAUUGAAAUGGAAAUAAAUGGAGGGAAGAAAGUAGUGGAGACAGUUUUAUUGAGUUUGAUUGAACUGUUGAUGACACAGCUAAUAAAUUUGGAUGCAAUUGCUGCUGAUGGAGAUGUCAAGCUUCAAAGAAGAAUGCAGGUGAAAAGGGUGCAAAAAUACAUUGAAGUUGUGGAUAUGUUAAAGAUAAAGAAUUCAGGCAUGGCAAAAAUUCCAUUACAGCAGCAAAGAAACAACCAAAUGUUCACAGGAAAGAUACCUCAAAAUUUCCAAAAACAGCAAGAACAGAGGAAACAGGGGAAUUUGAGUGCAGGGGCAUUUGUGGUAACAACAAAAUGGGAAACAUUUUGAUUAAAAAAUAAUAUUAAAAUUUCUCAGUUCAAGAAGUUUGCUGUGGUGAUAAAUAUAUAUAUAUAUAUAUAUUAUAUUAAUCCAUAGUGCAAAAAGAAUGAUUGAUGUGUUCUUUGCAUAUAUUGUGAUGGCUUGGGUAUAAAUAUUAUGCACAUAUGUUUUUUUUUU